GUACCAUUAAGUAUUUCAUGUAAUCUACAUUAUUUUAUGCAGUAGGCGUUUAAGUUUGCUGUGUGUGGAUAGUUUUAUCUCCCGGCUGAAUGUGUUUAGAGUGAACAGAGUGAGUCUUGAACAUAACUCGACGUGAACGUAACUUCUAAUUGAAGCGUUUCUCUAUGGGCCCAUCUGCUCGCCUGAGACAUUACAUGUAUGACAACGGACCAUUAAUUUUGGAUGGUGGACUGGCAACUGAGCUGGAAGCGCAAGGAGCCAAUUUACAGGGUGAUCCUUUGUGGAGUGCCAGACUUUUGCAUACUGAUCCCCAGGCCAUAAGAAAUGCUCAUUACAGGUUUCUCCUCAGUGGUGCUGAUGUUAUCACAACAGCUACAUACCAGGCCAGUGUUACAGGGUUCGUCAAUCACCUGGACGUGAGCUCUGAACGCGCCAGAGAGCUGCUGAUGUCUGGAGUUCAACUGUCCAAAGAGACGGUGGAGAGGUUCGCCUCUGAGGGUCGUCCAGCAGGGCCGAGACGUCCUUUGGUGGCAGGCUCUGUCGGACCAUACGGGGCCUUUCUGCACGACGGCUCCGAGUACACCGGAGCUUAUGCAGAGGAGAUGAGUGUGGAAGAGCUUAAAGUUUGGCAUCGGCCACAGGUUGACUGCCUAACAGCAGCAGGAGCUGAUCUCGUCGCUUUUGAGACGAUCCCCAGCAUCAAAGAGGCCGAAGCUCUGGUUGAGCUGCUCCGAGAGUUCCCCAACUCUAAAGCCUGGCUGUCCUUCUCCUGUCAGGAUGGGAGGCGUGUAUCAGAUGGCAGCCUGUUCACCGACGCAGUGAAGACUGCUAAUAGGUCCUCGCAGCUGGUCGCCGUGGGAGUCAACUGCUGCUCACCAGCGCUGGUGGAGCCGCUGCUGGACUCUGCCGGGUCCCUGCUGAGCCCAGACAUGAGCUGGGUGGUGUACCCCAACAGCGGAGAGGAGUGGGACACCGAGCAGGGGUGGCUCACAUCAGGGAAAGCAUCAGCAUUAAUACCUGAACUCAGUCGCACAUGGAUGAAGCAAGGUGCUGCCUUGAUAGGAGGCUGCUGCCGCAUCGGUCCCGCCCACAUCGCCGAGUUACGCCGACAGUUAAAAGGAAGCAGCGCGUCUUCGGCCUCUGCGGUGUGACUGCGCUGAAAAUGCAAACCUGCUGAUCGUUGGGAAGAAAUGUUUCUGCUCCAAGAGUUUAGAAAAAACCUUAAUUUAUUGUAAAAUAAAUAAAUAAACCACUACAUCAAAUGACACGUGACACUUGUGAUGGGCCAAAGACAAAAUAGCGAAGGUGCGGGGAACAAAUCGUGGCCGUACACGAAGGUGAAAAUGAACCAUGCAGUCUUCACUUUCUCUAGUUUCACAUGUUGAAGGAGCUGGAGGGACUGAGGGGUUCAACCAUCACUUCUGCACAGCGACAGUCUCACUGUAGGUUUCACAAAGCACAACAACAUGUCAGCUGCUUUCACGACACUUGAACGGGACACGUCCACUGAACUAACCACUGCACGUCAGGCGCAAAACAAGCCCACUUACCUGUACACUGAAUUAUGGGAAGAGUGUCCCCUUUGAACAGAAUUUACAGCAAAUGUGUUGAUGUCAUGAAAUGUGUAUAUGAUUUGUAGUAGGAUGAAAUAAAAAUGAUCCUGUAGUGUGAACAGCUAA